AUGACUGCAUGUAUAUAUGGUACUCAUGGUGACACAGGAGACAGAUCCCUUCUCAGGCCAUUGCACAAUGUCCAGCAUGGAGAGGAAAAUGAGUCAUUUCUAGUUACUGUGGAUGCUGUUGAGUUGGGAGAACUGGACAAAAUUGUUCUUUUGAUCAGCAGCAAAACAGACUGCAAACUGAACAUUAAAAAACUGCAUGUGAAAGAAGCUACAAAGGAGUAUCCUAUCUAUGUAUUUGAAAUUAAUGAAGAAUUUUCUGUGGAUGCAAAUAAGCCUGAAAUACAGAGAGAUAUCCCAAGAUCUUUUGUUAUUAGAGGAGAUAAACAAAAGAAUGCCUUAGAUAACAACUUAAAUAAAGAUAGAAGUCAAGCAAGAAAUGUGACAGAGUAUACUAUUAAAGUGUACACAGGUGACAAAAGGGGAGCAGGGACUGAUGCCAAUGUGCAUAUUAUUUUAUUUGGGAAUGAGGACAAAUCUGAGGUAUUUCAACUUUCUCAGUCACUAGAGCAUCAAAACCCCUUUGAAAGAGGAAAGGUCGAUACAUUCAAGAUUAAGACAAAAAAAUUAGGCAACCUGUAUUCAAUUGAAAUUGGUCACGAUGGGAAAGGAUUCGCAAGUGGCUGGUUUCUGGAAAAAGUGGAAAUCACAGAUGCAUCUAGAAAUUCAGUGUAUUGCUUCUACUGUAACAGGUGGCUUUCUGAAGAUGAAAGUGAUGGCCUCACCACAGUGCAACUUUAUCCAUAGCUGCUUGAUUUAUGAUUAUUUCUGAGUGUGUUGCUUCUCCAAAUUCAUGCUGAUUUGAUUUGAUUGUAUUUUAUAACUCUGAAGGUAUUGUAAUUUUUGUGCAGAAAUGUCAAAACAAUGAAUUAAAAACAUCACAGUAAAUUAAACAUAUCUAAUGUGAACACAGAAUUCUGAUCCUACUGGAGAUGCCCAAAAGCUUUGCAUGACUGAAAUUUAGAUAUCAGAAAUUUAAAUAUAUAACACGGCUCUGUGGACUUGAUCUGAGCAAUCAUAGUGGUAGACAUAUGUAGUAACAUACUCAAAUAUUUUUGUUUCAGCAAUAAUUUGUGGGUAAGCUAAGUUUAGCUCUUGUAUCAAAUCUGUCAGUAUUUACUAAUUUGAUUAAUCUUUUUCAAUAUCAACAUUUAUUAAAAUUUAGAUUUUCUCUAAAUCAUUUUCCAAACAAAUUGCACAAUGCUUUAGCCUUACCAUAUAUUACUGUCCUUUCCUAUAAGACCAUAACAGAGAGUAAUAAAGACCUUGUUAUUUAGGAGUUCACCCUGUGUUGGUAAGUCUCUCACUGACAUUGAUUGUAAAAUCAACUGAAACAGAAACUCAGCUGUGAACUUUUAGAUCCAAAAAUGUCUUAAGAGAGGCUGUUAUCAGCAACACUGCAAUAGCUUACUGGCAGGCUUAGGCAGCUCCCUGCUUAGCUGAAGGACUUUUGCAGUGCCUGUCCUUAGCCAACUAACUGGCUUUGCAGUACAAUAUGUGUGAACGCCUUUACUUCAAAGAGAGAGAGAAAAAAAGAGAACAAUUAUUUUUGCAAAUGCACAAUAAAAUAGUAACAUGUUUAGCUAUAAAUGCACAAAUUAAUGUUUGGUUUGGUAGGCUUUGAUAUGGCCAGGAAUUGACUCAGGAAGAGUUUAGGAUCCAGACAAGUCUGAACUGAAAUCAUGACUCACAUAUCACCAGAAGUUUCACGUGUGUGAUCAAAAUACAAAUAUUGUAUUUAAGCUACGUAGAGCAUCCCUCUGUUAAUCAAAGGCUUCACCUUUGUACUUCCAAAAUCUAAAAUCUUUAUCAAGCUCUGAAAUUU